AUGGUUUCUUUAAAUCCAGUACGUAUUUUGAAACAUCAAGCCGAAGAAGACAAAGGUGAAAAUGCUCGCUUGUCUAGUUUCAUUGGAGCCAUCGCCAUUGGUGAUUUGGUCAAAAGCACAUUGGGGCCAAAAGGAAUGGACAAGAUACUUAUAUCGCCCGGCCGUGGGGGAAUGGAUGCUAAAGUUGAAGUCACCAAUGAUGGUGCAACAAUUUUGAAAAAUAUUGGAGUUGAUAAUCCAGCCGCCAAAAUAUUGGUUGAUAUGUCUAAAGUUCAAGAUGGUGAAGUUGGAGAUGGUACCACAUCUGUUACUGUUCUAGCUGCUGAAUUGUUACGUGAAGCAGAAAAACUGGUUGAUCAAAAAAUCCACCCUCAAGUAAUUAUAUCUGGAUGGAGAAAAGCUACUACCAUCGCACAUGAUGCUUUACAAGCUUCUGCUAUGGAUAAUAGUAAAAAUGAAGCUAAAUUCCGAGAAGAUUUAUUGAAUAUUGCUCGCACAACUUUAAGUUCUAAAAUUUUAUCCCAGCACAAAGAACAUUUCGCUAAAUUGUCCGUUGAUGCAAUUUUGCGUCUGAAAGGUUCCGGCAAUUUAUCAGCCAUACAGAUUAUUAAGCUGAAAGGUGGAUGUUUAGAAGAUUCAUUUUUGGAUGAAGGUUUCCUUCUGGACAAAAAACCUGGCCAACAUCAGCCAAAACGUAUUGAAAAUGCCCGUAUACUUAUUGCCAAUACUCCUAUGGAUACAGAUAAAAUUAAAGUAUUUGGAUCUCGUAUAAAAGUUGAUUCUAUGGCUAAAGUAGCUGAACUUGAAUUGGCAGAAAAAGAAAAAAUGAAAGACAAAAUAGGAAAAAUACUUUCUCACGAAUGUAAUGUUUUCAUUAACAGACAAUUGAUCUACAAUUAUCCUGAACAACUUUUUGCUGAUGCUGGUAUUAUGGCUAUUGAACAUGCCGAUUUUGAUGGUAUUGAACGAUUAGCCCUUGUAACUGGUGGAGAGAUUCUAUCAACAUUCGAUUCUCCUGCCAUAGCUAAGUUGGGUACAUGCAAACUUAUUGAAGAAACAAUGAUUGGGGAAAGCACAUUGUUACGUUUCUCUGGCGUAGCUCUUGGUGAAGCAUGCACCAUCGUUAUCCGUGGUGCAACUGAACAAAUUAUUGAUGAAGCCGACCGUUCUUUGCACGAUGCUUUAUGUGUAUUAUCAUCUACUGUCAGAGAACCAACCAUUGUGUACGGUGGUGGUUGCAGUGAAAUGCUAAUGGCAAAUGCAGUAAGUGCUGUAGCUGCUAAAACACCUGGAAAAGAAGCAGUAGCCAUGGAGGCAUUUUCACGGGCUUUACAGUCUCUUCCCACUACUAUUGCCGACAAUGCUGGUUUGGAUUCUGCACAGCUUGUCAAUGAAUUGAGAGCCAAUCAUGCUCUUGGCAAGAGUAAAAUGGGUCUUGAUAUGGAAAAAGGUGCUUUAGGAUGUAUGCAAGAGAUUGGAAUAACUGAGUCUUUUGUUGUCAAAAGACAAGUUUUAGUAUCUGCCGCUGAAGCUGCUGAAAUGAUUUUGCGUGUCGAUUGUAUCAUUAAGGCUGCACCAAGACAACGAGUUGAAGAUCGUGGUCACUGUUAA